AGGUAUGCGACCGUCAUUACAGCUAUAAAGGAGAGAUCGAGGGAGAUCGGCUAAUCUCGAGCCCCGGCUUCGCGUGAAGAAAGUGCCAAAAAGAUGGUGAGGUCACGAGACGAGGUCCAGUCUGAGCAUCCACUCAGCGGGGAAUGGGCAGGAGAGGCUCAACCGCCGUUGUCUCGACUUUUGGCACAGUUGACAUCGAAUAAACCCCCAACGCCAAACAAAGCUGGGUCUGUAAGCUCCGUAUCUUCAGAUGACACGACCCCCAGCGCGUCAAAAAGAGCUUUACUCACAGAAGAAGAUGGCGACUCGAGUUCGAGCCUUCAGAGCAGUAAUCAGGAGCUGUCAACGCGAUUAUCGUCGCCACGGAGAUGCACUCAGAAUGCGCGAACGAUGAGAGAACGCGAAGAAGAGGACAAGGCCGACGACGCUGCUGGGAGGAGACGGAAAACCACGCUAAGUUCACGCGAACGGAACUUACGGAGGCUGGAGUCUAAUGAACGCGAGCGCAUGCGGAUGCACAGCUUGAACGACGCCUUCCAAGCCCUACGAGAGGUCAUCCCCCACGUGGCGAUGGAGCGCAAACUUUCAAAAAUCGAAACCCUCACCCUUGCCAAAAACUACAUAAUGGCCUUGACGAAUGUCAUCUGUGACAUGCGCGGUGACGAAAAGCCGUACCAAUUCUGCAAGAAGCAGCAAGGCAACGAUGAAGUGGCCGCCCUCAAUGUUGUCGGUGUCGCCAAGAACCCACAAAAGCUGCCGAACGGAACCGUGGAUGUCAAAAAAGAGGACUCGGAGUUCCGGGAGCGAAACGACGAGGAUGAGGAGGACAACAGCAAUCACCGACAGACCGGGAGUUCCCCGAGCCAGGACUACGUUGACUAUCAGGAGACCAUGGGGGAAGACCACAGUUCAAUAAUCAUGUCAGAUUGCGAGGAUUCCGAGAGACUUUAG